AUGGCCAAGGAGUUCCAAUUCAACUGGCGCCCAAACGUGCCUAGUUUGCUCCAACAUGGCUCCGUUUUUGAUCGUUACGAUGACGAGAGCACACAACUGGAAGUCAAUGCCCAUGUGAGAAUUGACGAAUACGGGUUCUUUCUUUAUUGGCUGAUAGAGUCCAGAGAUGCAGUUGUACUGGAUAUCGGCCAAGUGUGGGAAGCACGUCCUUCUGGUUUACCGAAGGAUGGGCGAGUGCUGUUUGAACUUGAGCAACGAGGGGCCCGUGAAACCCUGGAAGAGAGAACGAUCUGGAUCACUCACGGACAAGAUCUCGCCUGGGGGGAUUAG